UAAGCAAAACCCCGCCAUUAAACAACCGAAAACGCCUCUCCCCAUCCGUACCCGAGGCAGACGCACUUGAUUGUAUUUAAUUUGUUCGCGACAGCAUCCUUAAUUAUUCUGGUAUAUUAUACCACCGUACCAUGCCCUGCAACCUGCAUACCACCCCCUCUAAUUAUUCUGCUGAUUAAUCUACCCCGUCCCAUUCCCCUCCAGCCUCUCAGAGCCAAGAAACGCUAGCUAGAAGAAGCUCAGCGCAGCGCAGCUCCUCCGCAGUACCAAGAGCUCACUCUGUGACUCUGUGACAGUGUGUGGAAAAAAGAGAGAAGAGAGAAGAGAGCAAUGGAGACGAUGGCAGCGGCCGCGCCGCCGCAGCAGAGGACGGGGGGCAUCGCGCGGAGGCUGGCCAGGCUGCUCCGCCGUAAGCGCACCCCGGCGGGGGCGGGGGUGGCGUACUCCGUCGCCGGGGACGAGUUCGAUGACUCGCUCGACAGCUCCAUCAACUCGCUCAGCAAGCUCAAGCUGUCGGGCAACCUGGCCGCCGCGUACACGCUCGACGCCUUCUUCAAGAGCGCCACGGAGAAGAAAGGGGCGGCGGCACCUCAGGUGCAGGCGCAGACGCAGCCGUCUCCGGCGCCGGGGCCCGAGGCCGCCGCGAAGCACGCGUUCGUGGCAAGCCUCUUCGCGGGGGCGUCCGCGGUGAAGGCGGCGUACGCGCAGCUGCAGCUGGCGCAGCACCCCUACGACGCCGAGGCCAUCCAGGCGGCGGACGCCGGCCUUGUGGCGGAGCUCACCAAGCUGUCGGACCUCAAGCGGCGGUACGCCAGGGACCCGGCCGGCGCGGCCAGGAGCGCCGCCGCCCUCGCGGCGCACGCCGACGAGCAGCGGCACCUGCUCCGGACCUACGAGAUCACGGCGCGCAAGCUGGAGGCCGAGCUCCGGGCGCGGGACGCCGAGGCCGGCCGCGCCCGCGCCGCGCUCACCGACGAGCUCCGCGCCGCGCGCGCGCUGGAGGAGCGCGCCCACCCGGGCCGCACCCUCGCCGCGCUCGACGACCUCCACCUCUCGGGCCUCAACGCCACCCACUUCCUCACCGCGCUGCGCCACACCGUCAAGUCCGUCCGUGGCUUCGCCAGGGCGAUGCUCGACGGGAUGCGGGCCGCCGGCUGGGACCCCGCGGCGGCGGCCGCCGCCGUCCACCCGGGCGCCAGGCUGCGCGACCCGGCGGGGGACGCCCGGUUCGCGCUUGAGUCCUACGUGGCGCUGAAGAUGUUGGCCGGGUUCCACCGCAAGGACUUCGGCAUGAGCUCCCUCCACGGGCGGGGCUCCCACGACCGGCGGCGCUUCUUCGACGAGUUCGCGGAGCUCAAGUCGGCGCCCGCGGCGGAGUUCCUGGGCGAGGGGAACCCGCGGUGGGGCGCGCUCCGCGAGUUCCUGCGGGACCGGUACCUGUCGGUGGUGCACGAGCGCAUGGAGGCGGCGUUCUUCGGCGGCCGCGCCGAGCAGCGCGCCGCCGUGCGCAAGGGCGGCGCGUUCCCGCGCACGGCGUGGUUCGCGGAGUUCGCGGAGAUGGCGCGGCGCGUGUGGCUGCUGCACUGCCUGUUCUGGUCCUUCGAUGGCGCCGCGUCCGUGUUCCAGGCGCGCCCCGGGGAGCGGUUCUCGGAGGUGUUCAUGGAGAGCGCCAGCGACGCGGACGGCGGCGGCGGGACGGUGGCGCCGGCUCCGGGCGGGCAGGGGCAGCUCGCCGUCGGGUUCACUGUGGUGCCGGGGUUCAAGGUCGGGCGGACGGUGAUCCAGUGCCGAGUGUACCUUUCCCGCUCUGACCCGCGGCCGUGACUACGACGACGACCCGCGGCGGCAGCGCAUUGCACCUGGGCGGCGGCCUCGUCGCAGACGGGGGAAACGGCACGCCGACGGCGGCGAGAUCCAGCCUCCGGGCGCCGGGCGGAGCGGCCGUGAGGUUUAAGGGUGGCAGGCAGGGCAGCAGCAGCGUCCGGCAUGCAGGUGCCCACUGGCCAGUGGCCACCCACCUGGGCAUGGCAUGUUCCCACUUACUUUCGUAUGUACGUAUGGAUCGAAACCGAAGCAUGUAUCUACCUACCGCUACUACCAAUGUAGUAAGUAUAAUAAGUAUAAUACGGGCAGUCCAUUCCCAUACA